AUGCAAGCACUCUUCGCCAGUGCGCCAGUGCAAUGGCCAACAUUUGGUGGUAAUACAGCACAUACUGGAUUCAUCCCUAUUGAUUUGAAUAUUGAACAAGUCAUGGAUGUAAACAAAUUGGUUUGGACACGUAAUUUGACUACUGAACUCUCUUAUAGUACCAUAUUUGCUAAUACUUUACUGGUAACAAGUACCAACAGUUUUACCAAUGUGAGCAAAUUAUUUGUUCUGAAUGCUUUAACAGGUUAUAUGAUUCAUACAAUUAAUUUAACUGCUGCAGACAGUAAUGAACCUGCAAUUGGAAGAUAUGAAUACAUGGCUUAUGUCCAGACCAUUGGUACUGUACGAGGAAUCUAUUUACAAGCUAUCAAUUUGAUUACAGGUGAUAUCCAAUGGACUGCAGUGGCUGAUACUCAAGGGUCUAAGUAUCCAUAUGGAACAACACCUGGAUCAAAAUAUAUUUAUAUGCCGGGUGGUGUAUACAAUGAAGAAUUAUAUGCUGUUGAUCCGUAUAAUGGUAGUAUUAUUUAUCGUGCCCAAGUUUUUCCUCGUACUUUCGCUUGUGACUGGUGGACUCCGACUGUGUACAAUAAGAGAAUAUUCAUUCAUUCACAACCAGGUCAGGGAACUUUAGGUGGCUUUGGAGAAAUUAAUCCAGAUACUGGCCCUGAACUUUGGAGUAUUGUAUUAAAUAAUACAUGGGAUGGAUAUUCAACGUAUUGGGAACCUGUCAUUAUGAAUGAUGUGGCCUUGGUUUCUACUCGUCAAGAAUCUUUUUCCCUGCAGUUUCAUGGGCUGCAUGUUCCUCCCAUUGUAAAAGGAUCAUUCCAAGAUUAUACUCCAUCCACAGAUGGUGUAUCAGCUUAUUUUACCUGUAAAGAUGGAAUACAUCAAGUUUUAAUUAGAAGCGGUAAGCUACAACGACUCUUUGCUUGCAAAAAUUGUGCUGGGCAACCGAUUGUCACAAACCAUCAUUUGAUCAUCAGUAGCAAUGGUAAUGGAACGAUUAUAUUUAAUAAGGAAUCUGGUCAAAUAUCGAUGCAAGUAGAAGAAACCGGUAAUUUAGCGGUCCAUCCCCAGGCGAAAAUAUUAUACAUUAUAAACUCGGAUACUGGCAUGGUUGUGGCCUAUGCAAUCUAA